AACAAACUAUAAAAACCAAAACCAAAACCAAAAUCAAAACUAAACCAACAUCUUAAUAAUAGCUUCUUCCUCCAAUUAUCUUCACUAGAAAAACAAAGCAUUUAGACAUCAAUGGCCGCACCCUCCAAACCCGUCGUUCCAACUUAUGAAAACACCACCACUGCUACAACUACUAUUACUACUUCAAGUCCCAUUGAAAUGGUGAAACCGCAUCAUGCGCAUUCACCAUCAUCCUUUCUAAACCACGUCUUAUAUCCCAUAACUUUAAAGUUUGAAGAUGUUGUUUAUAAAGUUAAAACUAAGAGUAAAGAAACAUGUGAGAAGACGAUACUGAAUGGGGUGACGGGUAAGGUUUGCCCUGGGGAGAUACUAGCAAUGCUAGGUCCAUCUGGCAGUGGUAAGACCACCCUCCUCACGGCUCUUGGUGGACGGCUUACUGGUAACCUGUCCGGAAAGAUUACAUACAACGGCCACCCGUUUACUGGUUCUACAAAAAGAAAAACGGGAUUUGUGACCCAAGAUGAUGUUCUGUAUCCUCAUCUUACUGUCACGGAGACCCUAUUAUUCACAGCUAUGUUACGGUUACCAGAAAGCUUGAGUCAGAAUGAGAAAGUCGAGCAUGUGGAGCGAGUUAUAGCUGAGUUGGGAUUAACUCGGUGUAAGAAUAGUAUGAUAGGCGGUCCACUGUUUAGAGGUAUUUCAGGUGGAGAGAAAAAGAGGGUCAGCAUUGGCCAAGAGAUGCUAAUCAACCCGAGCUUGUUGUUACUGGAUGAGCCGACCUCUGGUCUAGACUCGACCACGGCUCAGAGGAUUCUAACCACUAUUAAACGACUUGCUAGUGGAGGCCGAACCGUGGUCACAACAAUUCAUCAGCCAUCUAGCAGACUUUACCACAUGUUUGAUAAAGUUGUCUUACUGUCUGAGGGCUCACCGAUUUACUAUGGUCCUGCGUCCACUGCUAUAGAGUAUUUCUCAUCCGUCGGAUUUUCAACAUCCAUCACAGUGAAUCCAGCUGAUAUUUUACUAGACCUUGCUAAUGGAAUUGCGCCUGAUGCCAUGCAAGAAUACGAGCAAGGUGAAAACACAGAACACGAGCGGAAGUUAGUAAGACAGAAACUCAUCACUUCAUAUGAUACAAACAUUUCAACAAGACUGAAAGCUGAACUAUGCAGUCUAGACAUUACCAACAAUGACCAUGCAAAAGAAGCUUCAACAAGGGACCAAGUGAAACCGGAACAAUGGUGCACCAGCUGGUGGCAUCAGUUUAAGGUGCUAGUUCUCAGAGGCGUAAGAGAAAGAAGAUUCGAAUCGUUCAAUAGGCUUCGAAUCUUCCAAGUCAUAAGUGUUGCUAUACUUGGAGGACUUUUAUGGUGGCAUACCCCAACAUCACAUAUUGGAGAUAGGAUAGCAAUGCUUUUCUUCUUCUCUGUUUUUUGGGGGUUUUACCCGCUAUAUAACGCCGUUUUCACUUUUCCUCAAGAACGACGAAUGCUUAUAAAAGAAAGAUCAUCCGGAAUGUACCGUCUUUCAUCUUACUUCCUUGCAAGAACCAUUGGAGACCUGCCACUUGAGCUUGCACUACCAACCGCCUUUACCUUCAUAUUCUAUUGGAUGGGUGGGCUCAAACCAGACCCAACCACUUUCGUGCUUUCCCUACUUGCGGUCCUCUACACCGUCCUUGUAGCCCAAAGUCUCGGGUUAGCCAUUGGUGCCAUUCUUAUGGAUGUCAAACAAGCCACAACUUUGGCGUCGGUUACAACGCUCGUUUUCCUUAUUGCUGGAGGGUAUUACAUACAACAAAUCCCGCCAUUUAUAGUGUGGUUAAAGUAUUUGAGCUAUAGCUACUACUGCUUCAAGCUUCUUCUUGGUAUUCAGUACAACGAAAAUGAUGUAUACGAAUGUUCAAAUGGGACCUACUGUCGUGUUGCAGAUUUUCCGUCAGUCAAAUCAGUGGGAUUACAUAAUCUACCAGUUGAUUUGUUGAUUAUGACGAUGAUGUUGGUUGGUUAUCGACUUGUUGCUUAUAUUGCACUACAAAAGGUUCGUUGAAGCAAGUUUACACGAGGAACAAUUUUCUUGAAGAGCUUUGCCAUUUUGUCGGAAGAGAAAUAAUAAUAAUAAUGUUAGAUUUAGAUACCUUGGUCGACUUUGAUCGUUUUCAAAAGAUGUAGAUGUAUCGAAAUUAUCUACUUUUAAGGAUAAAAAAAGAAUCCUCAAUGGAUUUACUAAGUACUAA